ACCGAAACCGAGCGCAUAUGAUGCUUUCCGUGAAUACUUCGUGAAAUAGGACAAAUUGUUGGGAGAAAUCUGCAAUUUUAAGCAGUAAUCGAUAAAUCCGUUAAACACAGUGUCUUUCUGUGUAUCUUCCUGCUGUGGCUUAAAUUCUUUGUGUUUCAUAGCUUGGCAUCAUGGGCGAUUCAACACACAAUCGCUUUGGUACAAUAUCAGGAGGUACCCCGGCGGAAUUGGUUGAAGCAUCAACCACGAUAAAGCAAGAACCUCUCGAUGAAGACGCUUCUCAUAGUCAAUCCAAAGAACCAAGUACAGCAACCUUCCAGGAAGCAAGCUCAUCGAACUGUAGCAGCCGGGACCCACUAGCAGAAGAAAUCGAAUUCGGCGAAACAGGCAUUUCAUUUCAGAACGCAUUUUUCAAUGUAGUGGGAAAUGAAAUCAAAACCGAAAACAUUAUUGCAGAUGAAAUUGAAGACAACAGUGAUAUUGUUGGUUCCAGCACAAAGAGAAGAAAAACGUGCGAUGAAGAUUCUGGCGAUGAGCUGGGCGCAGCGAGAAGUUCACGGCAAUCCAUUGUACCAAUGUCAACAAACAAAUUUAGUCACGUUUGGCUACAUUUCAUAAUACAGGGCAAAGGAGCCAAAUGCCGUUACUGUGGUAAAUUCAUCUCCAUGUCGAAUAGAUCAACUUCGAAUUUAAAGCGGCACAUGAAAACCUUGCAUCCUUCCAUUCCAAUUCAUAGAGCUGCAACAAUGGAGGCAACUUCUUCAACAUCAAAGGAUGAAAUUACCACGCUUGAGCCAGGCACUUCUAAGAAUCUAAAAUCCCAUCCGACUUUGUACUCCAACAUAGUACGGAAUGCCGAUUCCGCUCAUACCGCCAAAAAACCGCCAACACCACAACCUUCCAAAUCCAGUGCCCCGAUGAAUGGGCAAGGUGCGGAGAAUUGUACAUACGUCAUCGAAGUACUAAACAACGCACCGAAUGUAGCAACCGAACAGACACAACCGAAGGAAAGAUUGAAGGUACUGACACCCAACAUACUAAAUUGUAAUAUGAAAGCUAAGUACUCUACGAACACGGCUAGCAGUAGCAUAAAACAAGCUCCGGUUACAAAGCACGAUACACCAAACACGAAAAAUUGCGCACAUUGUGCUUGUUUUGACAAAUUUGUUACCGAACACAAUAGAAAGGUAGACCAAUUUUUGGUCAAACAGCAAAAGAUCGUUAACGAUAUGUUUAAAGCACAUCGAUCCAUCAUGGAUAAGCUCCAGCAGAUAGAAACAAAUCUAGCAAAUCAAACCAACCGAUUGGAAGUUAGGCACGAACAGGAGCAAACAGGAGAGUUGACACAUUCCCCCGCGGAUGCUAAUGAAUUCGUUCAGCUCCCGGAGUAUGCGUUUGAGAUGCGGCAUAUACAACAUCAAGCAGAACCACACCAGCAUAUGGGAGAGUAUCCGGAGGAGGUGCAAUUGUUUAGCUUCUCCCGGAUGGAGUCCGAGGAAGAGUUAAUCGAAUUCGAGAAGCGUUUAAGUGAUUCCGAGUACUUUAAGGAAGCAUACAACUGGCUAAACUCACUCAUCACGGAAACGAACUGCGGAAACCGAAUGUUGGCAGCACUCGAUCUGCUGUUUGACAAGGUGUUUGUUAACAUGUGCAGUUGGACUGGUAGGGGCAGAGGUAACACACAGAAGGCACCAAUAAGAUGCCGCAGGAAUUUGCUUCAACUGUUUAAAGUGAUCGGAAGCACUCGGAAGGCCAUCGUAUCUCGUACAGAUGUGGAAGUUUUCUUCAUUAAGAAACUUAAACAAUCGAAGCAGAGAUUAAACAUGCAGGGUUUUCGUAAACCUACCUGUCAUAUAAAAAGAGUGCAUAUUGUUGAAUAGACUUUUUUGUGGAUUGAUGCUGCAUACGAUACGUAUGCAUUACAAGAAUGGACUAACGUUGAAUUACUGUUGAAAUACUGUGA